UAAAGUUAAAUGAAUGAUUAGGUAUAACUGUAUAAGUAAUUAUAACUAAUAGAAAAAUAUAUAAAGUAUUAAAGUAGGCACCUACAUGUAAGGUUGUGUACUGUAUGUUUUGUAUUAUAUUUUUUUGCCUUUGCAGAUUAUACCUAUAAGUACGAAAGAAAAGUGUUAUGUUUGGCUUACAACAUUUUGGUUUAAUAUUAUUCGACUCAAAAAACUAUAACAACAUGUAUCAAAUUGCAUACUCCGUUAUUUUGUUUACCACUGGCAUAUAUCUAAUGGUCGUGUUUCCUUCGGUAAACCAUAAGUUCGACGACUGGUCAAAAGCGUUUUCCAUGUCUUUGACGGCGGUAACAUGUAGCGCGGGAAUCAUAACUUCAAUGAUAUCAAGAAUCGUCGUUUUAUACAAUUUCAAGUUUAAAUAUCAAAAGUUUAAGACGACAUUAGAGGGAUUCGAGAUUUACAUACCGAUGAACACAGUCGCUUUGAAACACAUUAAAUACUUUUCUUUAUCCGCGAUUUUCUUUAGUAUUAGUACUAUCAUAUCCAUGAAUGGACUAAAAUUGUAUUACAUAUUUAAUAAUCACGCCAAUCCUAUUUUAAUGACUACAUAUUUUUUUUUCUAUUAUAUUCACAACCUGAGCAUGGUGUGCACAGAAUUGCAUUUCGCCAUUCAAUGUUUUGUGGUGUACACGAAAUUUCGAGAUAUAAACGAGAAGUUAAUUCAAAUAAAUGACGAACAGAAAUACUACAACUACAAUGUACGAUAUUCGUUUUCUGCAACUCAAGUGGCGAAUCCAAGGAGUACUGAUGACACGGCAUCGCCCUGUGUGAUCAUAUAUGAGAAAGAUUUUUACUGUCCAAAAGACAAAAGUUAUCCAUUGGCGAACACUAUCGAGCUGUUUAGAAUUAAACACUGGCUAUCUAGGGAAGCUAUCAAUGAUCUAAAAUAUUUAUUUGGCUUUCAAAUGAUCAUGUCUAUUAUUAUUUUAGCCAUUACGUCAUUAUUCGACACUUAUACGGAAGUAUUUUAUUCGUACACAAAUAAUUCGUUUCGUGAAUCAGUAUUCCGAACAAAGUUUCUGUUCAUUGGGUGGAUGCUACAAUACACCACAAGGCUUUGCCUUAUAAUUGUCACAGCACACACUACAAUUCAGCAGGCAGUUAAAACCAAAAAGAUAAUAACGGAAAUGAACAAUCGACACACAGAUAGUAGUACGAAAGAAGAGCUACAAUUAUUUUAUAAUCAAUUAUCUGUCUGUUCACCUGAGUUCACCAUUUUUGACAUUUUGAUUAUAAACAAUAGUCUCAUAACUUCGAUGAUGUCUGCUGGUGCAACAUAUAUACUUAUAUUAGUACAAUUUCAGAGAGACAAAACAACUCAUAAAGAUCACGAUACAUCAAGCCGUUCAUAAAAAAAGUUAAAAACUGGAGUUAACCUCUAAAUAGCAUAAUGUACUUAUAGAUAUCAUCUUCAUUCUUUUAUUAUAUUAUAUACCUAUCUACUGUAAUUUUGUUAUUUUUUUAAUAAACAAUUUAUUAGCUCAUAUAGUAUUGAAGUAAUCCAACAAAGUUAACCAUCAAAAAAGAGGGUAAUUGGAUGUCACUGUGUUGUACAUUAGUUAUCUAGGAGGUCGCUGUAAUGGAUGGUAUUAAAUUUGAAUUCAAUGAUAUCGUAUCAUAGUAUACGAAAAACGAUGCUGAGCGGAGACUGUAUGUCAGCCUAAGAUAUUUUAUAUUGUUAUUACUUAUUAUUUAUA